UCCUGGGCAUAAUGCUCUUGCCCUCCAAGAAGGACCUCAAGACCGCCAUGGAGGUCUUUGCUAUCUUCCAGUGGGCCCUCAGUGCCUUCCUUAUAGUGAUCACUGUGCUCCUCAUCAACCUCUACCUGGUGGUGUUCACACCAUAUUGGCCUGUCACUGUGCUCAUUCUUACCUGGCUGGCUUUUGACUGGAAGACCCCUGAGAGAGGUGGUCGCCGGUUUCCCUGUGUGAGAAAGUGGUGCCUGUGGAAACACUAUUGCAAUUACUUCCCCAUCAAGCUUUUGAAGACUCAUGAUAUUUCCCCCAGCCACAACUACAUCCUUGCCUGCCACCCUCAUGGGCUCAUGUCCCAUGCAUGUUUUGGUAACUUUGCCACCGACAAUAAAAACUUCACCAAGAUGUUUCCUGGCAUCACCCCUUAUAUGCUCACCCUGGGAGCCUUUUUCUGGGUGCCUUUCCUCAGAGAAUACAUAAUGUCUACAGGGGCCUGCUCUGUGAGCCAAUCCUCCAUGGACUUUCUACUUACCCAGAAAGGAACAGGCAACAUGCUCAUUGUGGUGGUUGGUGGCCUGGCUGAGUGCAGAUACAGCUUGCCAGGCUCUUCCACCCUGGUCUUGAAGAACCGGUGUGGUUUUGUGCGCAUGGCCCUUCGGCAUGGGGUGGCUCUAAUCCCUGCCUAUGUCUUUGGAGAGACAGACCUCUACAAUCAGCACAUUUUUACUCCUGGGGGCUUGGUCAACCGCUUUCAGAAAUGGUUCCAGCGUGUAGUACAUAUCUACCCUUGUGCUUUCUAUGGGCGUGGUUUCACCAAGAAUUCCUGGGGCCUUUUGCCCCAUGCCCAGACUCUAACCACCGUUGUCGGGGAGCCUCUAGCACUGCCCAAGAUUGAGAAUCCGAGCAAGGACCUUGUGGCUAAAUACCACACACUCUAUAUUGACGCCCUACGCAAACUGUUUGACCAGCAUAAGACCAAGUUUGGCAUCUCAGAGACUCAGGAGCUGGUGGUAGUUUGA